AUGGCGGCGAUUUCAGUGGCCAAGCGAGCAACUUUGCUCUUUCGAAGAUCAAUUUUACCUGGUAGAGAAGGGUUUGUAUCAGUCAGAGCUCUGUCGGUUACCAGCGGCAAAAGAAAAGAGGAAAGUUUUUUCUCAACCCUUUUUGGAUCACAAGUUGAGAAGCCGACAGACGCGCACUCGAAAGUUUUGACGGAGAAGGAAACCCUCUAUGAGUUUGAAUGUAAGUUUUAUUUGUAAAUUGACUACAUUUUUUGUAGUUCAUCACUUAACAGUGGUUGUAAUAUUUCUAAGCCUUAUUUGUAUUUCUAGCUUGCUUGUAAUCACGAAAGUGUCAAAAUUAUAUGAAAAAGGGAAGGAAGUUUAAUAAAUGGAACAUUAAAUCGAGAGUACUGGCAUUGCUGAAAUCAGGUUGAUCCCACUGAAAACAUAGAUGAACUGCAGAGCAAAGCUUAAAAGAAAUUAAUAUUAUUUGCGAAAUAUAGCGAAGAGAGUAAAAUCUAAAAAUACUUAAUUACUUUUGCAGAUAUUUAAUAAUACGACUCUAGUAACUCUUAUCAAACUCGUCUGUGGGCUCAAAGGAGUGAUGGUGGGGAGGGGGGGGAUAAAAUUUUAACUUCGACCACGAGUAAUGGAAAGCGUACAAUAUUAAAUUGGACAAGGACUUUCAAGGUGCUUUCUUUAGCUAACAGGAAUUUGAAAAGGCUGUUGCAGAAUUUCAUGAGAAAGCAUGUGGACUCUUACAGAGCUGGGAGGUUACAGGAGGUGACAGCAGGGGAGGGUGGAGAUUUCGGAGGGCUACAGAUAAAGUGAACGUUUCCAGACUUGCUAUUUAUUUUGAAUCAAUUCCUUCAGUCCAACUUGACAUGCAUGCCAAUCAACAUUUAUUUUCUUGCUGGCUUGUCUUGUCAUUUUAUUCUGAAACCACUGUGCCCUUCCCCAUUUUAACAACCUCUGUGUUUUGUGUCUUCUUUGUAGUCAAUGAUGUAAAGCCUGAGUGUAUUGAAGAUUAUGUGGGUCUGGUGUAAGUAUCUCAUUAUGAGAUCAAGGCUUUUAUUGUAGUUGUUGACUACCUUUGACCCUUCAGUUUUCUCUCCUACUUUAUGCAAAACAGUUGAGAGAAUUUUCCUUCAUGAUCUUCAAGUAGUUUACAAUAUUUUUGUUAUGAAAUUGUUUCAGAUCAGAGUUUUUACCAAAAAUUAGUGAAGAUGAUCAAUUUCCUGGUGAGUUGGUAGGAGCCUGGACAACUAUGUUUGGAAGACUUGAUCAAGCAAGUAUGUAAAACAUUCAAAUAUUAACCUUCUAAACCCUAAUAUCAGUAUCUCUAUUCUCGAUACUCCUCUCUAUACAUUUCCUUUGGUACUGAUAAGGAGAAUUGUUUAACACUCAGAGCUUCUUAGAUUGGCAAUUAUUUCCUUUAUUCCCAUAAUCAUUAUGAAUGAUUCAGCAGAAUUCCUGUAAGGAGAAAUAACAUGCUAGGGGCUCUCAUGGUUUAAAGGGUGAACAUGUUAUUUGGUAUCCAAAUUCAACAGUUUCAGGAAAAUUUCUUGAGGAAUGUUGAUGUUAAAACAUCAUGCUGUGGUAUUUCUGCUUCAUGAUUGGUCUAGAAAACUGAAUCGAUUGCAAAAGUUUGGCUUCUUUUUUUAGCCACAGUUACCCCCCCCCCAUGCCAUCGCUAAAGGGUCUUACUCUUUUACAUCCUUUCAUCAGUAUGCAUAUUCUCUACACUAUUUGAAAGGUACUGAUAAAGAGAAUUUGUUCAGUAAUCAAGAGCUUCUUUAGUUGGUAAUAAUUUCCUUUCUUCUUGUGACGUAAAUGUUUGAUUCAGUGGGAUUAUAAGUUACAUGAUGAUAACUCUAAGGAGUCAAAGGGUGAAGAGUUUAAAUUGCUUUUUUUGUUUGGUUUUUAGUUCAUUUUUGGAAAUACAGAGGAGGGUUUAACUCCGUGAUGAAGGCUAAGCAGUAUGUCAGAGAAAACAAGGUUGGUAAAUUUAAUAUUUUACUUUUUAUUGCCCCUUUUUCUUGGUAUGGUGAAGGCUAUGAAAAAAACUGAAGUUUUUCAGAAAUACUUUAGAAAUACUAAGUACAGUGUAUCUUACUGUCAAAGUAGGAAAACAGUUUCUCAGUCAACAUCUCCUUUUGUCCUACCAUCAUGAAAAUGCAGUUAGUGGAGACGAAGAAGUCCUUGUCCAAGAAGUUUUGUUGAAAAUUUUGUUUAUAUUAAAGCAAUUUGAAGCACACAACUUUUGAUAUCUCUUCACUGAUGUCAAUGUAAACACAAUUCUGAAUUUCUGCUUUUCACAUCACUAGAAAGGUACAGUUGCACCUUGUCAACUGGCUUUCACUGUUUACACCCAAUUAUGGGUAUGCAUAUUCUCCAUACUGUUCUCUGUACAUUUCCUGAGGUGUUGAUCAAGAGAAUUUGUUUAAAAAUCAAGGGCUUCUCAUUUCCUUUUUUCUUAGGACCCUAGUGUUUGAUUCAGGGGUGAUAUUGCAGGGAGAAAUUAGAUGCUGGUCACUCUUAGUGUUAAGGUGUUAACAGCAGAAGAUGCAUUGUAAAUGUACUAAAGAUUUUGGCUUCUCUCUCCAGGAGUAUCUUGAGUUUGCAAGAAAGAGACGAACCAUGUUGAAUAACAGGGAAACUCAACUUCUCCAUGAAUUCACCUUUUUUGGUGAACCAGAGGCACGAGCCCCAAGCCAUAUCUAUGAACUGAGAACGUAUCAUCUUAAGGUAAAAGACCUGUUACAGAGAAGGCUUUUUUUUCAAAAACAAAAUCAAUUCCUUUUUUGUGCAUUUAUUAGCUGUGGAAAAUUAAUCUAGAAGGAUUCUCAGACUUCAGUCUUAGUUUUUAUUGGUGUAAACAAUACCCUCAUGUUACAGUAAUACCUAGGUUUUUUAGACACACUUUUUUCUGUUUUAUAACCACUUUUAGGACCAGUUAAUUAUUUGCAUUCAGGUGUGAUUGGUUUUAAUGGGUCACAUGACCAAAUAUGCCACAGUAAAAACUGUGAUUCUUAUAAUGUUAGUUCAGAGAAUUUUGUAUUGGAUCAACUAAUUAUCCCCAAAUUGAUAUUUUUCUUUAUUCUCAUCACUUAUCUGGUUGAUAUUGUAUUUGAUAUUGUAAGGAGAAAUUCUGUCUUGGUCACUUGAAAAAAAAACUUAAAGGGUUUAAGCUAAGUUAAACAUUUUCUUUAAUCUUUUCUUUUGAUGGAAAGCUGUCUGCUUCUUGGAAUAAACAAUGUGAAAAAAAAUAUGAUUUUCAUGCUUCACUGUAAGAGGCAUUUUAUCAGAAGGGAUCAAUAGAUGUAUAUGUACUUUUUCCACUCGUGUAUGUGGGUGAGUAAACAAAACUGUUGUUUAUGAAGUAUGUUUGCAUUUCAAGACCUUCAUAUCCAUAAACUGCUAACUACUUGUUUUUCUGCAAUUUUCAGCCUGGUACCCUUAUUGAGUGGGGAAACAAUUGGUAAGGAGUGCAAAGGCAUUCUUGUAUCUUGGCUGAAAUAUUGCUAUUCAUAGGAAAGUUUAGAUCUGCAAUGUCUAGCACAACUCUUAAGAUGCUGUUCCUUUCCCUCUCAAAUCUUGGUAGCAGUGUUCAUACCCAAGCACUUUUAGUGUUAUCUGAUAUAACAAGUGGGUAUAAAUUACAGUUGGUAAAGGUUUUGACUCCUUGUUUUAUUUUCCAGGGGUCAAGCUAUUCAGAUUCGUCAACAAGAUGAUGAUGCUGUGGCUGGCUUAUUUUCCCAGAUAGGAGAACUUUAUGUUGUUCACCACAUUUGGGGUAGGUCUUCUUCCACUUCAUGUGUUUUACAAAUUCUAGUUCAUUGUGCAGUCCUUUCCAAAAGUUUGUCUGGGAACAAUACUACCUUUAUUACAGCUACCUUUUAAAACAUCAAACCUUUAUGAAAAUUAUGAUUUUUCAUAUAUUUCAUAAAGCUUAUGAAGAUCUUGCAACCAGACAGAAGAUAAGGCAGAAUAUGUGGAACAGGCCUGGAUGGGACACAUGUGUUGCUAACACUGGUAUGUUGUACCUUUAUGAAAUCAUGAAAUCUCUUUCAGGGUUUACUUUGGGUUACAAAAUUUUGCUCUCAAGAGAGGUUUCCUGUCAGUUGGGAUUGAUAUUUGUGUUACUUCAAUAAGGCUUUCCCUGAAUCUGUUUCCAAGGAGUUUUUUUAAAGGAAUUUUGAAAAGAAACAAUGUUAGGCUACUUGCAAUAACUCCUUGUAGGAGUUGCUGUAAGAAUCAGUGAAGAAAAAAAAAAUUGUAGCUAGUGCAUGGAACCCUUGGAGUGAUGCCCAGAUUUCUGUGCCACACACUGGGAGUCAGGCACAUUUUUAGAGGGUUCUUCUUUCCCAAGGAACAAUGUGAUCAUAAUUUGUAUUAAAAAAGAAUUUCAUUUGACCUGCGAUGAAAAUCAAAUUUAUCUCUGAUCAUUAAAAAUUAUGAACUGUCAUUGAUCAUAAUUUUAACACGUUUUUCCAUUUUGUAUUUUAGUUCCGCUGAUUCGUCGAAUGGAAUCAAGAAUAAUGAUUCCUUUGCCAUUUGGACCUCUUCAGUAAACACACAAAAUUUUUUGAUACUUUUUGGCAACAUCAGGAUUAUAAUACCACAUAUACCUGUGCUUUUGCCCUGCUUCAUUAACCCUUUGACUCUCAGGAGCAAUCAAUAAAUAGAUUCUCCACACUGCUCUUGUACACUGGCAUGCAGAUAAGUAUUGAGAAUCACCAAAUUAUCAACUAUGGGAAUAUUUUCUGAGAACCAGCCAACAGAGAAAUGUGCUGAUGAUAUAAGUUGAGAGAAUUUACUCUCAGAUCUUGAGAAGUAAAGGGUUUGCUCCACAACAAUAGUACCAAUUUCAUUUAUACCUUUUGAUGACAGAGACAAAAAUUUAUAUGGUUUCAAGGGAGACCUUUUUUUUUUUUCGUGAUGUAAUCAAGGAAAAGUCUGUGUAGAGGAACACAGCUAAAAGAUAAAUGUAUACUCUUAGACCUACUGUUAUACUUAACUGAUUUGGGUUAAUUGAUUUGAUAAAAAAUGCCUCUUUCUUGAUAACCUAUCACUGCCUCUUUUAUUAGAUAUGUGUAUUGAUUAUGUUAGGAAAAUUCAGGGAAAAAUUAUUGUCAUAUCCUAUAUAUUUAGCAGUUAAUUCUAAACCUGGUCAUUUGAUUAGUAUAACUCUAAAAAAUCACAGAUAAUGAUCUUGUGAUUCAUUCUGAUACUCAUAGCUCAUUGAGAAGCUGUAAUGUCUCAAUUUUUAAGGGACUUGUGUGCGGGUUUAUGCCUGAUUUGUGUAUGUGGGGUAACUUUUUUUUUCAUUUACGUUUUUGAAUAAUUACUACAUGAGCAAUUAUUUUUCUGAACCGAAAUCUGGCAUUUUAUUUAAAGCAUUUGUUUUCAUUGUGACAUGGAAGUAUGCUAUUGGUGUUAUCAAAUGUUCCAUUCUUCUUCCUCAAUUAUUUAUUUGAUUUCUUUUUCCUGGGUGAGGCUGUUUCGAGAGGUUUACAGUUCAUAAACUGAAAGCGGGGCCAUUCAGACCGUGAAAAAAAAUUAAUCAAAGAGCAGAACUGAAAUAGUAGAUGUCAACUUGUGCUAUUCCACCAAAUUAAAUUUCGAGUACAAAACAAACGAAUCUUGACUCGUUAUUUACGAAUUACGGUUAGAUCGCACCAUGGUUAGAUCGCUCCAACCAAAAGCUAGAUCGCUCCACUCGAAAGUUAGAUUGCUCCAUCAAAUAAGUUACUUCGCUACCAAAAUAAGUUACUUCGCUACCAAUAUAAGUUACUUCGCUCCAUGUAGAAGACCAAGAUAAAGGUAGCAAAACUCGUGUCUGUUAAAUGUUAAGAUGAAAUUACUGGUCUUUUUAUUCUUUCACGUGGUUGUGGAUUGUAGACAUAGAAUUGGGGAGAAUUAAACGCAGCAUUUAGCUAUUACGACAUGAUUAGCGGAUUGGUAAAAAACAAGAUCGAUAUGAUGCUAUGAAAAGGUUGCCAAUAAUGAAUUUACAUUAGCUCGUUGAAUGCAAUAUGUGAAUUGUGGCAUGUAAGGAAAGUUUCGUCACAUAAUUUUGUCAGAAUGGCCUUGCUUUCAGUCGAUUCGCGUUCAAAAUGUGUAUGUUGCUGGACUAUUUUUGCCUUCUAACAGUAGCAUGUGCUUGUAAACCGUUUUUCAGUGAAAGUUUUGAAGAAAUGGGGGCGAGAGUUAAAGUGUGGUGUACU